GACUGAGAGUGGUGCGCAUGCGCCGGAGCGAAGGUGAGAGGUCGUCAAGAUGGCGGCGGCCUCCUCAGGGGAUGAAGCGGCCGCGCCGGACAACGAGGACUAUUACUCGCUCCUGAACGUCCGGAGGGAGGCCUCUCAGGAAGAGCUGAAGGCUGCUUACCGCCGGCUGUGUAUGCUGUACCAUCCGGACAAGCACCGGGACCCGGAGCUCAAGCGGCAAGCCGAGCAGCUCUUCAACCUUCUCCAUCAGGCUUAUGAAGUGCUCAGCGACCCACAGACCCGCGCCAUCUAUGACAUUUAUGGGAAGAGAGGCCUUGAAAUGGAAGGAUGGGAGGUGGUGGAGAGGCGGAGGACGCCGGCCGAGAUCCGGGAGGAGUUUGAGCGCCUGCAGAGAGAGCGGGAGGAGAGGCGGCUGCAGCAGCGGACCAACCCCAAGGGGACGAUCAGCGUCGGGAUCGAUGCCACCGACCUCUUUGACCGCUAUGACGAGGAGUACGAGGAUGUCCCCGGGAGCAGCUUCCCCCACGUCGAAAUCAACAAGAUGCACAUCUCCCAGUCCAUUGAGGCCCCGCUGACGGCCACAGACACGGCCAUCCUGUCCGGGAACCUCUCCACGCAGAAUGGGAACGGAGGUGGAUCUGUCAACCUGGCGCUCAGGAGGGUGACCUCCGCCAAAGGCUGGGGAGAGCUAGAGUUGGGGGCUGGAGACCUCCAGGGGCCUUUGCUCGGCAUGAAGGUGUUCCGGAAUCUCACGCAAAGAUGCUUUGUGACGACGCAUGGGGCUCUGCAGUUCUCCUCCCGGGGGGUCCGCCCUGGCUUGACCACCGUCCUGGCGAGGAACCUGGACAAGAACACCAUGGGCUACCUGCAGUGGCGCUGGGGCCUCCAGUCCGCCAUGAACACCAGCCUUGUCCGGGACACCAAGACCAGUCACUUCACCCUCGCCUUCCAGCUGGGCAUCCCCCACUCCUUUAUGAUGGUCAGUUACCAGCACAAGUUCCAGGACGAGGACCAGACGCGGGUCAAAGGGUCCCUCAAGGCUGGCUUCUUUGGGACCAUUGUGGAAUACGGGGCAGAGCGGAAGAUCUCCCGGCACAGCGUUCUGGGGGCCACCGUCAGCGUCGGGGUACCCCAAGGAGUCUCCCUCAAGAUCAAGCUGAACCGAGCCAGCCAGACCUAUUUCUUCCCCAUCCACCUGACGGACCAGCUCCUGCCGAGUGCCGUCUUCUACGCCACGGCCGGGCCCUUGGUGAUCUACUUCGCCAUGCACCGCCUCAUCAUUCGGCCCUACCUCCGGGCUCAGAAGGAAAAGGAGCUGGAGAAGCAUCGCGAGAGCAGCGCCAGCGAAACACUGCAGAAGAAGCAGGAGGCCGAAGCCGCAGUGCGGUUGAUGCAGGAGUCGGUCCGGAGGAUCAUUGAGGCCGAAGAGGCCAGGAUGGGCCUGAUCGUGGUCAACGCCUGGUACGGGAAGUUCGUCAAUGACCAGAGCCGGAGGAACGAAAAGGUGAAGGUCAUUGACGUGACGGUGCCUCUGCAGUGCCUGGUCAAGGACUCCAAGCUCAUCCUGACGGAAGCCUCCAAGGCCGGUCUCCCAGGGUUCUACGAUCCUUGCGUUGGGGAAGAGAAGAGUCUCAAGGUGCUCUACCAGUUCCGGGGCGUCUUGCACCAGGUCAUGGCUUCCGACAGCGAGGCCCUCCGGAUACCAAAGCAAUCGCACCGCAUCGACACAGACAGCUAAUCGGGGAGGAGCGGUUCAGCGGGUUUGGGGCGACGCCGUGCCACCUUUGGGGGAUCAUGAACCUAUGGGGACGGCGCCUCUCUUUCCCCCCUUUCCCUGGAUCUGACGACAUCUUUGCGGCGAUUGUGUCAUGGGACAAAUCCGAGAGUGAGAACCGUGAACAAGGCCGGCAUCCGGGUCCGAGAUCGGGAAGGCCCGUCCCCUUCUUGAAAGGAAUUGGGGGCUCGUGAAGGACCUUUACCUCCGCCCCGAAUCCAGGGAAACCAUCACAUUAGUGGGUGGGAGAGGCCUCCACUCAGGCGGGACGUCCUUAGAUCCGCAAGAAACUCAUCAAGACGGAAGGAGCUGAGAGUGGGAUAGAAAGGGUGCCAAAUUGGGAUCGAAGCUAGUGCUGUAUCUCCCUCUUGGAAGAGGAAACACGUUCUGGGUUUGCUUUCGGAGUGCCUUCCUUCACUGUAUGCAACGGGGAGGGGUCCACAAUAAAUGGGUCGCCGGCCACCAAAUUCUCCCAACACACUCGCAACAUUGGGCCCCACUUCCCUUCUGUCCUCUCUUGUAUCUAUAUGACUAUCCGGGUACUGCCAUUGUCCUGGGUGGAAACGGAUCAGGGAUUUCAAGGCUUCCUGUCCAUUGUUUUUCCCCUUUCUCCCGAAAAUCAGGUGCUCCACUCAUCCUUUUUUUUGGCCUUGACCCAUCCUAUUCCUCGGGUUAUCCAUUCCUAAAUAACCCAUUACUUUUCCACCCCCAAAGCUUCCUUUCAUGUGGAUGGAAUUAAAAUAAUAAUAUCUGA